CACAAACUGCACAGACACAGUAGCGACUGGCGAGUGAUCCUCUCUACUCAAGAGAAGAGAGAGAGAGAGAGAGAGAGAGAGAGAGAGAGAGAGAGAGAGAGAGAAACAACAAAAGGAUAUUCCUAUGCACCUCCCAAUAGAUACUACUUGUUGUCUAAAGUCUAAACCCAUACAUUACAUUGGAAAGAGGUUUAUCCAGAAGAACCCACAUGCUUAAUCAACCACUCUACACACACUAACUGCUCCAAUUUUGGAUUCUCUCCAGGAACUUGUUCAAACUAGUUAGAGAAACCUCUUAUCGAGAUGGCUCAAUUGCUAUCAUCUUCUUGCUCCUUGGCUUUCUCGUCUACAAAUAAACCUUGUUUAAAACCUUUUAAUCAAUGCUCAACAUCAUUUUCUAACACGGUUGGUUGUGAUAACUCGAGAACUACAUUUAGAAGGCUUUACUUGCGAGAACAGAAACAAAUGAAAAGAUUCGCAGUUGUAAAUGCUUCUACAGUUUCAACCGGCCAGGAAGCUCCGGUUCAAACUAGUUCUGGCGACCCUUUUAAACCGAAGCGAGUCAUGGUCAUUGGUGGAGAUGGAUAUUGUGGUUGGGCAACUGCUCUCCACCUUUCUAACAAAGGUUACGAGGUUGCCAUUGUUGACAACCUUGUUCGACGCCUAUUUGAUCACCAGCUCGGACUAGAUUCUCUUACACCGAUUUCAUCCAUCCAGGAUCGCAUUCAGUGUUGGAAAUCUCUUACCGGAAAAAGUAUCGAGCUAUACAUUGGUGAUAUAUGUGAGUUUGAGUUCUUAUCUGAAACCUUCAAGUCCUACGAACCCGAUGCUGUUGUCCAUUUUGGGGAACAGCGAUCUGCUCCUUUCUCUAUGAUAGACCGGUCAAGAGCUGUGUAUACCCAGCAAAACAAUGUUAUCGGGACAUUGAAUGUGCUCUUUGCUAUAAAAGAGUACAGAGAGGAUUGUCAUCUAGUUAAGCUUGGGACAAUGGGUGAAUAUGGGACUCCAAAUAUUGAUAUCGAGGAAGGUUAUAUUACCAUUACGCACAAUGGAAGAACAGACACUUUGCCGUAUCCGAAGCAAGCUAGCUCAUUCUAUCAUUUAAGCAAGGUACAUGAUUCACAUAACAUAGCCUUCACUUGCAAAGCUUGGGGCAUUCGAGCAACUGAUCUGAAUCAAGGAGUAGUAUAUGGAGUAAGAACAGAUGAGACUGCAAUGCAUGAAGUGCUGUGUAACAGGUUCGAUUAUGAUGCAAUAUUUGGAACUGCGUUGAAUCGGUUUUGUGUUCAGGCUGCUGUUGGUCAUCCACUCACUGUAUAUGGUAAAGGAGGCCAGACUAGAGGCUUCCUUGACAUAAGAGAUACAGUUCAAUGUAUUGAGCUUGCCAUUGCAAACCCGGCUAACCCUGGAGAGUUCCGAGUCUUCAAUCAAUUUACCGAACAAUUUCAAGUGAAUGAACUAGCUAACCUUGUUACAAAAGCUGGUGAGAAGCUUGGCCUUGACGUGAAAACCAUAUCAGUGCCUAACCCAAGAGUUGAGUUAGAGGAGCAUUACUACAAUUGCAAGAACACCAAACUAGUCGAUCUUGGACUCAGACCACACUUUCUUUCAGAUUCUCUCAUUGAUUCAUUGCUUAACUUUGCGGUUCAGUACAAAGAUCGCGUUGACACAAAGCAAAUUAUGCCUGGCGUUUCCUGGAGAAAGGUUGGAGUUAAAACAAAAACUGUUUCAUCAUAAGGUGUGUUCUUGGCUGCUAGCAUAAUCUUAUUCUGCAUAAUUAUUGACCCUUCUGGUGAUUAGAUAUUGCUGUAUUCUAGCUUUUGUAUACCACAAUCCUGGGGAAUGAUAUAUAUCUAUGUCAAACCUUCAUACCCUUAUGUAGAAUAAAUAUUUAGAGUUUAAAAUUGCUUUUCCUCGAUAAUCAUAUGCGUAUGUAUGGACUGUUCUUGUGUUUAGUGUCACCAUAUGGACUGUAAUAUCAGUGUAAUGAUGCUAUUUUAUUUGUUGAGGAUAAUUUGGUACUAAUAAAGUUUUCAUCUCGAAA